AUGGAGGACACCGCAAAUUUGGUGGUGUAUCGUAAUGGUGAGAUAAUACGUAAUACUCAUGCGGGAGUGAGGUUUGUGUCACAAAAUUCGUUUUCGUUUGUGGUUCCAUGCACGAUGACGUUAAUGGAGCUGCAGAACGGCCUAUGUCAAAGCAUGGAGAAUGGUACGUUAAUGAGAGUGAGCAGAAUUCUGUACCGAAAUCCGGUUGUGGUUUUUGGUGGCCUAAUACAGUUUGAUACCAUUCCGAUCACGGAUGAAGCGAGUAUGCAGAAUAUGUUUCAAAUUCACCGGCAGACUUAUAUGAGACACCCACAGAUUGAGUUGUACGUUGAGUUUGAAGCUGAGGAGGCAGUAGCGGUCCAAAAUGAUAUAGAUGUAAAUGAUGAUAUAGCUACAGUGUACGAAGGUAUGAAUAGUGACAGCGAAGAGGACUUCGAAGCCACUUAUGAAGCCGGCGAUGAAGAUGAGGAUGGUGAUGUGGGAGUUGAGACAGCAGUGGAGAAUGUAGUGGUUCGUCCCUCGAGCAGUCAACCGAUGGGCGUUCCACCUUUUAUGUGUAUUCCUGAUCCUGAGGACGGAGAGUUCCGAAUUGGAAUGGAAUACAGCUCUAGAAAGUCGGUCGUUGCAGCAAUUAGAAGUUUCACUAUAUCUAGAGGAGUUGACUAUGAUGUGUUUGAGUCUGAGCCACAGACGUUCUAUGCAAAAUGCAAGAUGUACGGGCGUGGAUGUGACUGGCUUAUCCGAGCCAGCUUGAUACGGAGAAAAGGUUGUUGGGAGAUACGCAGAUACAACGGUAGGCACAUGUGCACCAUCGGAACGAUUUCACAAGAUCAUUCCAAGUUGGACUCAGAUACAGUUGCUGAGGCUAUAAGGCCGUUGGUCGAGACGGACCCGUCCAUCAAGGUGAAAUCUAUAAUUGCGGAAGUCCAGUCAAGGUUCAACUAUACCAUCAGUUAUCGAAAGGCUUGGUUGGCAAAGCAGAAGUCAGUUGCCAUCGUUUUCGGUGAUUGGGAGGAAUCUUACCAAGCAUUGCCGUGGUGGCUCUCGGUCAUGGUGCAGAAGAUUCCUGGUUCAGUUGUCCAAAUAGAAACACGACCACUCUACAACGGGAACGAGGAGGCACAAGGUGUAAAAAUACUUCAUCGUGUAUUUUGGAGUUUCAAUCCAUGCAUUAGGGCAUUCAGGCAUUGCAAGCCCCUGGUUCAGGUUGACGGCACACACCUAUACGGAAAAUACAAAGGUACACUUCUAGUCGCUGUUGCACAAGAUGGGAACCAGAACAUUGUGCCUAUCGCCUUUGCCUUGGUGGAAGGUGAGACAGCUGAUGCGUGGCACUUCUUCCUCAGGAAUCUGUGA